CGCUAACUUGAUAACCCCCUUAGUAUUUGUUUAUGGCAAGGAAGUUGAUGAUGGUGCUCAUACAAAAGGGAAAAGAGUUUCAACUGUAAUGCGUGGAGGAAAGCUGCUCGUCACCUCUGUUUCAGGAUGACACUAAAACUACUGCUGGCUUUCCUGUGUGGUGUAAGAGCUCAACAAGGUCCUCCACCUCUGCUGCUGGUGUCAUUUGAUGGUUUCAGAGCGGACUACCUGCAGAGGUUCCCGAUGGUGAACCUGAAGCUCCUGUACGGCCAGGGAGUAUUAGUGGAGGAGCUCACCAACGCCUUCAUCACCAAGACGUUUCCAAACCACUAUACUCUGGUGACAGGGCUGUACACUGAAUCUCACGGCAUCGUCGCCAAUUAUAUGUACGACCCAGUCAGUCACACGUACUUCCACGCUGGGGCUAAAAAUGAGCAGUGGUGGUGGAACGAGGCGGAGCCCAUUUGGGUCACAGCACUUGACUCGGGCUACAAGACGGCAGGGGGGAUGUGGCCUGGCUCAGAUUUAGCCAUCAGAAACCGCACGCCAACGUAUUUCCUGCCCUACAACUCUGCUGUGACAUUCCGGCAACGAGUGGAGAAUGUGACAAACUGGAUUCUGGGCGAUGGGAAGGAGGACGGAGUGAAGUUUGCCACUCUCUACUGGGAGGAGCCAGACAGGUCAGGUCACUUUUAUGGCCCUGACAACACAACUGCUAUGGGCAAAGUUUUGAAGGAGGUUGACGACAACAUUGGCGUGCUGGUCUCAGAGCUGAAACGGACAGGCCUCUGGGGUCACGUCAACGUCCUGAUAGUCAGCGACCACGGCAUGACUCAGGUCUCCACGGAGCGCCUCAUACGGCUGGAUGACUGCAUCAGUCCAGACACCUACACAGUGGUAGACCUCACACCUGUGGCAGCAAUUUUCCCUCAUGAAGAUCCAGAGAGCAUUGUCAACCAGCUGAAUAAGUGCCAUUCUCACAUGAAAGCAUAUUUGAAGAAAGACAUCCCUGACAGGCUGCAUUACAGCAACAACGUACGCAUUCAGCCGGUCAUUGUGGUUGCUGAUGAGGGCUGGACAAUUGUGCAGAAUGGGAACAACAUCAAUAGAUUGGGUGAUCACGGCUACGACAAUGCUCUACCAAGCAUGCACCCCUUCUUUGCAGCCACUGGUCCAAGUUUCCGUCAGGGUUACAAAAUCAAAAGAUUACAUAGUGUUGACAUUUACCCGCUCAUGUGCCACCUGCUGUCGGUGCCCCCGCAGCCCAAUAACGGCUCCAUGACCCAAGCCCGGUGCUUGCUGGCAGGUGAAUCCUGCUGGGAUGUCGACAUGACGGUCCGUCUGUUAGUGGGCAUCCUGCUGCUGAUCGCUGCAGUUGCAAUUGUGUUCAAACUGGUGUGCCGCAGAAAAACGUCAGAACCCCUCAUCCCGAAGAACAGAGUCGAGGGAGAUCAUGACUUUCUUUGACUUAAGGCUUUUGUGGUUUCGAUGGCACCCUAAAAACUAACAACCACACUCGACCCAAUGGCAAGUCCCACAGAGCCUGUCAAGGACAUUUUUGCAGGAACUUGAUCAGGAUGUCUGUUUUACUGACUGAUACCAACUGUUGAGAAAGUCACUGCUGUUUCAUUCAUGCUACAAAAUACUUAAAAAUGUGAUAGGAGCUAGUCAUUUUAGUGGAAUGCAAUUUUUAAAGGGAAAUGUUACCGUUUUAAAAUAUUAUUUAAACUGAGAUUAAUAACUUUAUUGUGAAAAUUUAGUGGCAUUGUUUCUACAAAAUGUGAGCAGAUCAUUUUUUGUACUUGUACUGUUACUUUCUGUCAGCAGAGGGAGCCAGUAGACUGUUUUCAUGUUUAUAUUGUACCUCACUGAAUCAUCUUGAAGAAGAGGAAGGACCACAAAAAUAUAUGUUUGAAUGGAUUGUUUCUACUCUCAUAUUUUAGAGGAGACAGCUAUGGUCUUCUUCUUUUAUCCAUGACUGCAUUUUUCAAAAAUAAGGGAGCUGAAGUGACACAUCUUAUUGUUUAUUAAUUGUAUGAAAAGGGAAAACUACUAUUAAACUCAAAUUACUUUUCUAAA